CCCGCUGCUGCCGCCGCUGCCGCAGGUUGUUCCCUGUCGUCGCUUCCAAGGGGAACCUCCCACAAUGUCCGGGGGCCUGGACGUGCUGCAGAUGAAGGAGGAGGACGUGCUCAAGUUUCUGGCGGCUGGCACGCAUCUGGGCGGCACCAACCUCGACUUCCAGAUGGAGCAGUACAUCUACAAGCGCAAGAGCGAUGGUAUCUACAUUAUCAAUCUGAAGAGGACCUGGGAAAAGCUCUUGCUGGCAGCUCGUGCCAUUGUUGCCAUUGAAAACCCAGCUGAUGUGAGCGUCAUCUCUUCCAGAAAUACUGGACAGCGGGCUGUACUGAAGUUUGCUGCUGCUACUGGAGCUACACCUAUUGCUGGCCGUUUCACCCCUGGGACCUUCACAAACCAGAUCCAGGCUGCUUUCCGUGAGCCACGCCUUUUGGUGGUUACUGAUCCUCGGGCUGAUCAUCAGCCACUGACUGAGGCAUCUUAUGUCAACAUCCCCACGAUUGCUUUGUGCAACACAGACUCCCCACUGCGCUAUGUGGAUAUUGCCAUCCCAUGCAACAACAAGGGGGCUCAUUCUGUGGGUCUGAUGUGGUGGAUGCUGGCCCGUGAGGUUCUGCGUAUGCGUGGCACUAUCUCUCGUGAACACCCAUGGGAAGUCAUGCCUGAUCUGUACUUCUACAGGGAUCCUGAGGAGAUUGAAAAAGAGGAACAGGCUGCAGCAGAAAAGGCAGUUACUAAGGAGGAGUUCCAGACUGAAUGGACAGCCCCAGCACCUGAAUUCACUGCUCCUCCUCAGCCUGAGGUUGCGGAUUGGUCUGAGGGGGUGCAGGUCCCGUCUGUGCCAAUCCAGCAGUUCCCGACUGAAGAUUGGAGUGCCCAGCCUGCCACUGAAGACUGGUCUGCAGCUCCUACUGCUCAAGCCACUGAGUGGGUAGGGACUACAACUGAGUGGUCCUAAUCAGAUGACAAAUGCAGUAAAAGAAAUUAAAUGGCUGUUUCCUAGA